AUGAUGGAAGUGUGGAGAGCCCUGGAGCCUGUGAUGGAGGCAGGGAGGGAGGCAGGUGGGAAGGCAGGUGGGGAGGCAGGUGGGGAGGCAGCAAAUACGCUUAACCAUGUUUCAUAUCAACACAGCGAACACAUCUCCCAAUCCUUGUUACAAAUUCCCCCACUACCCCCACACCCUCCUUCCCCCACUACCCCCACACCCUCCUCCCACCACACCCUCCUUCCCCACUACCCCACACCCUCCUUCCCCCACUACCCCCACACCCUCCUUCCCCCACUACCCCCACACCCUCCUUCCCCCCUACCCCCACACCCUCCUUCCCCCACUACCCCCACACCCUCCUUCCCCCACUACCCCCACACCCUCCUUCCCCCACUACCCCCCACACCCUCCUUCCCCCCUACCCCCCACCCUCCUUCCCCCCACUACCCCCACACCCUCCUUCCCCCACUACCCCCCCCCCCCACACCCCCACUCACCCCACUACCCCCACCCUCCUUCCCCCACUACCCCCACACCUCCUUACCCCACACCCUCCUUCCCCAACUACCCCCACACCCUCCUUACCCCACUACCCCCAACCCCUCCCACACCCUCCUUCCCCCACUACCCCCACACCCUCCUUACCCCACUACCCCCCACACCUCCUUCCCCCCUACCCCCACACCCUCCUUCCCCCACUACCCCCACACCCUCCUUACCCCUACUACCCCCACCCUCCUUACCCCACACCCUCCUUCCCCCACUACCCCCACACCCUCCUUACCCCACUACCCCCACACCCUCCUUACCCCCACUACCCCCACACCCUCCUUCCCCACUACCCCCACACCCUCCUUCCCCCACUACCCCCCACACCCUCCUUCCCCAACUACCCCCACACCUCCUUCCCCCACUACCCCCACACCCUCCUUCCCCCACUACCCCCACACCCUCCUUCCCCCUACCCCCACACCCUCCUUCCCCCACUACCCCCACACCCUCCUUCCCCACUACCCCCCACACCCUCCUUCCCCACUACCCCCACACCCUCCUUCCCCCACUACCCCCCACACCCUCCUUCCCCCACACCCCUCCUUCCCCCACUACCCCCACACCCUCCUUCCCCCCACUACCCCCUACCCCCUCCUUCCCCCACACCCUCCUUCCCCCACUACCCCCACACCCUCCUUCCCCCACUACCCCCACACCCUCCUUCCCCCACUACCCCCACACCCUCCUUCCCCCACUACCCCCACACCCUCCUUCCCCCACUACCCCACACCCUCCUUCCCCCCACUACCCCCACACCCUCCUCCCCCACUACCCCCACACCCUCCUUCCCCCACUACCCCCACACCCUCCUUCCCCACUACCCCCACACCCUCCUUCCCCCACUACCCCCACACCCUCCUUCCCCACUACCCCCACACCCUCCUUCCCCCACUACCCCACACACCCUCCUUCCCCCACUACCCCCACACCCUCCUUCCCCCACUACCCCCACACCCUCCUUCCCCGCUACCCCCACCCUCCUUCCCCCACUACCCCCACACCCUCCUUACCCCCACACCCUCCUUACCCCCCUACCCCACACCCUCCUUCCCCCACUACCCCCCACACCCUCCUUCCCCCCUACCCCCACACCCUCCUUCCCCCAACCCCACACCCUCCUUCCCCCACUACCCCACACCCUCCUUACCCCACUACCCCCCACACCCUCCUUACCCUCCUUCCCCCACUACCCCCCACUACCCCACACCCUCCUUCCCCCACUACCCCACACCCUCCUUCCCCCACUACCCCCACUACCCCCACACCCUCCUUCCCCCACUACCCCCACACCCUCCUUCCCCCACACCCUCCUUCCACCCUUCACUUGAGUCAGAGAGGUUGGUCUCCCAGUGUGAAAAUGGCAGCGGAGGCAUUGACAUUUAA